AUGUUUAUAAUAAGCCCUACAUCUAUCCCCACUGCCAGCGUCAAAUCUAUUAUCAGCAAGAAAGGUAGUGUUUCAACAUCAGAAGACGAUGGUCAACUUAACAACAAACCGCCAACGUCGAUUCCAUUUGAGCAAGAUUUUAACCGAAUACAGAUAGCAGCGGCUCGUCUAGUCGCCAUUCAAGAAGUUGCAAAGCGUAAGGGUUUAUUUAGUGCGGAAGACAAUCGUAUUUAUGCAGAGAGUUUACUGGAAUUGGGGCAUGCCGCACAGAACUUAGCAAAUUUGCAUGAAACGGGCCAAAUUAAAGAUUUUAGUCUACUCCUGCAACCCGAUUUUCAGUUAGCGGAUAAGAAACCAUUAGUACCACCGGAAUCAAUAGCUGAAAUUGAAACUUCCGGUGGGGAACAAAAAGUUGACGAAGUUACAGAGCAACUGUUCAACGAAGAAGAUCUUCUGCCUCCAAAUACAGAGGAUCCUUAUGAAGACGUCAGUGAUACAGUAGCAGUGACUGCACCGAAAAAAGACGCUUCUGUUGCUGAAGCUAAACCAAUAGGACUAUCUAUUGCCGGCGAAGGUGGUGUUGCUUCAUCUAAACCCAAUGCAAUAGCGCUUUCUGGGCGCAAUGGCCUAGCAGUUUCCGCGCCUAAGGCGACUGCUAUUGCAGGUGUAUCAGCAGAAGAGGCAGCUGCCUUUAGCGUAGCAAUACCCAACAGAAAUAAUCUGGUCAUAAAAAACGUUAAUCACACACCACAACGACCUGUUUAUGAUGACUACAUCGAAGACUACAGUGACGUUUUACCAGCACGUUCGACAUUUACUCGUGAUACAACGGUUUCACAUGGUUCACCUAUUCCUGUUAUGAGUAAAAAAACAAAGCUGGCGAGUGUAAUAGAAACUGGCAGCGAUGCUGCAUUCGCUGAUUCUUUAGUUAAACAAUGGAAGACUAUAAUAGCCGAGGAUUAUUCCGCAUCAGCACGAAGUGCUCCCAAACUAACACCAACAAGAUAUAUUAAGGAAGCGAGCAAAUUUCCACAAAGAUCAAUUGAUAAAAAGGCUUACUAUUAAUAGUUAUAUAUCCACAUAUA